AUGCUUGCCGACUAUGAUAAACCUUGUGGAAAGACUGGUCUUCGACUAAAUCUCACAAAAACGAUGUUCAUGAAGAACGGAUUGGCUUCAUAUGCCUCACUCACUCUCAACGGAACGAAUAUCUCCGAAUAUUCCAGUUAUGUCUAUCUAGGUCGGGAAAUCAGCGUGUUAAACGACUUAGCUCCAGAGUUGAGCAGAAGGAAACGAGCGGCUUUGGGAGCUUUCAAGAGCAUCGAGGAUGUAGUGAAGAUAACAAAUAACACCCGACUCCGUGCCAACCUUUUCGACUCAACGGCACUUCCUGCCCUAACGCAUUCGUCAGAAACCUUGUCGCUGCUUAAGCAGGAUGAAAGGCCACUCAGCGUUAUCGAACGCGCAGUCGAAGGGACGAUGCUAGGAGUAUCCCGUUCCACACAAGUAAGCGAUGGGAUCCGAAGCUCCGUCCUGCGUCAAUGA